GAGGAGAGGUUCCAUACACAACCCUGGCAACUCGACUGAUGAUGGGAGCUUGGUGGCUUUUUGCUCUGAUUGUCAUCUCCUCCUACACAGCAAACCUAGCAGCUUUCCUCACCAUCACACGCAUUGAGAACUCCAUCCAGUCUCUCCAGGAUCUCUCAAGGCAGACGGAUAUUCCUUAUGGCACUGUCUUCGACUCUGCAGUCUAUGAGCACGUCCGCGUGAAAGGGAUGAAUCCUUUUGAGAGGGACAGCAUGUAUUCGCAAAUGUGGCGGAUGAUUAACAGAAGUAAUGGCUCAGAGAACAACGUCUUGGAGUCGACCGCAGGCAUUCAAAAG